GUAUUGUGAUUGAUCACAAUUCUUACUAUUAUGCACAUUUAAACUGCCGGCUAACCCAUAGGUUGCCGGAACUGGUUCUCAUGUUAUUAUAUGUUGCACAUGAUCUAUGAUAUGAUACACCACUAUAAUAGUUUAUCAUUGCAUUAAUAGAUUGUCACCCAAAAAGUCUCAGAAUGAUAUAAAAUUAUCAUUGUCUGUAUUUUAGUGAUUGCCAUGUGAGGCAAUUUGCCAACAUCAAACACGAAUUGUGAUCAUCGUCUUACAAUUUUUUUUAUUUUCCCUCUUGCUCUCCACAGUUGCCAAUCCACCGAACAAUGCGAAUAAAGAAAGCCCGGCCAGUCCCAGAGGAAGAGUGGAUGGAAAAAAAAUGGAGUAUAGGAUAAUAAAAAAGACAGACGGAAAACGGAGAUUGAGGCGGCAGGAUUCACAAUCGAUGGACGAAGAGUCCCUGGCUAGCAUUGAUCUUGAAGUCAGCGAGACCAUGCCCCCUGCCACCUCGCCACAAGGGGCCGUCCUAGCUGCAUUACGCCUGCGUAGUCUGGUAUUACGGUUAGAAAGGGAAGAGGUAUCGAAGAAGUACCUCAAAGAAAACUUGGAGUAUGCUGCCUCAGUACUAGAUACCCUUAAGCAGGAUGAAACAAGGUAUCAUUAUCACGAAGAAGAGGAUGACCUAUCGGAGGUUACUUCAGAUGAAGUACCAGAACAGGUUCGACAUUGGUUAACAUCGACGUUCAGUCGGCAAUCAACCAAGUCAAGACUAGGGGAUGAAAAACCUCGGUUUAGGAGUAUCGUCCAGGCCUUAAGAACGGGACUAUUCAUAGAUCGAAUGUUCCGGAGAACAUCUGCAACAGCGGGAACAGUCUUACCGGCAAAGGUCAUUCAAAUAUUCAAGACGAUCGAUGAUUGGUCAUUUGACAUAUUUUCCUUGGAUACAGAGAGUGACGGCCACGCCCUCAAAUGCCUAGCAACGGAGGUCUUAUCGCGCUACGAUCUCCAAACAAAAUUCAAGAUUCCUCAUUCUGUACUCGGUGCUUUCUUGGACGCUAUGGAACUUGGUUAUAGCAAGUAUGGCAAUCCUUACCACAAUCUGCUUCAUGCGGCUGACGUCACACAGACAGUACAUCACAUGUUAGCACGAAUGGGACUAGUGCACUGGUUGUCUGACUUAGAGAUCUUCGCUUCACUUCUAGCAGCAAUAAUUCACGACUUUGAACACACGGGUACUACAAAUGCGUUCCAUGUUAAUACAAAAUCUGACAUGGCAAUGUUUUACAAUGAUAGAGCAGUGUUGGAGAAUCACCACAUAAGCAGCUCAUUUCGUCUCAUGAGAGAUGAUGAAAGAAAUAUUCUUGCUAAUCUCUCAAAAGAAGAAUACACGGAGCUUCGGAACCUGGUAAUUGACAUGGUACUAGCCACAGACAUGUCCUUUCAUUUCCAACAGAUCAAGCAGAUGAAAGCGAUGAUCUCCACCACAGAAGCAUUGGACAAACCUAAAGUCAUGGCACUCACACUUCACUGUGCAGACAUCAGCCAUCCUAGUAAGGAAUGGAAGUUCCAUUAUAAAUGGACCACAUUGCUUAUACGGGAAUUCUUUAGGCAGGGCGACAGAGAAAGAGAAAUGGGCUUGCCAAUAUCACCUCUAUGCGACAGGAAUUCAACACUCCUAGCUGAGUCACAAAUAGGUUUCAUCGAUUUCAUCGUUGAUCCUAGCAUGAAUGUAUGUGGGGAUAUGAUAGAUCGGAUACUAAGAGAAGAGCUUCAAUCGGCCUCCAAUUCUCCAUCUGCAGAUAGUGUAGUACGGAAUAAGAGGAACUCUAUUCCCAUGGCACGCCCAUGCUCUGCACCCAGAUCAGCUAGUGUCCCAGCACCAGCAAACAACAAUUCAAUGAAUGAUCGUGAUAGACCUAGUAGUCCAGGAAGAGUGAGUCUAGGUCGACGGAAUUCAAUCCCGGUAAGGUGUCUUCGUAGUUGGCAUGAACACCUUCAUAAAAACAAGGCCAAGUGGAGAGAUCUUGGGCAACAAGAGGUAAACACUGGAGCCAAGGUACUGGACAUUGACGAGGACCCGACCGACCAGAAACCAAACAAAGAUGUCUUCCAUAAAAAUGACUCCAAUGACAACAACACGACCCGGAAAACCAGCAAUGGCAUCGAGGAAGAAGAAGUGUUGCAUGAUCAGGCUACUACUUCAUCAGGGGCGGCCGAGUCAUCAGGGUCUGCUCAGACACCAGGUAGACAGGGAUCCGGAGAAAGAUGAGAGGGUCUCUGUCAGGUGAAGAUCAUACAAGCUAUAAAGGUCAAAGAAUGCAUAGACAUUGAUAGAGGAAUAUCCAUGCCGACCAUGCAAGCAGUCAAGUGAUGUGAUCACGAGUUGAAAAGACGUCAUCAACUAUUGAGAUUUAAACUGAUGCAAUUCUGAUGCUGUGAUAUAUAUUCGGACGUGUUCUCCUGAUGAAGCGAAUAAGAUGAAAGAGUUACAAGGAUACAUGCAAUUCUAAAUGAUUAUAAUUUUGAGAUUAUUGCAACAAGGAUGAUCAUUGGCAUUAAAAUUUCAUAAACAGCUCUUGUUGGGUGUUUUAAUUGCAUAUAUCAUUUUCUUUGCUUUAAUCUUGGACAGAAAUUAAUAUCAAAUUUAUUUAAUAUAUUGUUUAUAUUAAAGAUCUUUCAGAUAUUUAUUUAUCUCAUGGUCCAUUUCAUGAACCAUUUUGUUCUUUCUUUAGCAUUGAAAGGGCAAACAGACCAAAAAUCACCUCUGCCCCCACCCCCCAAAAAAUAUAUAUAUAUAAUUAACCAAAAAUUUCAAAUUGCUUUACAGCUAUUGAUAAAUAUUGAGAUGUGGAUGAUGAGUUAUCAGGACGUCAUUGAUGACCUGCCACUGCAAUGAUAUCUCUACAAAUAUAAGGAACAGAAACACUCGCGACUAAAGAUCAGCACAAGAAAUAAGACCAUGUUAUAACAUUACGUCACCAACAGAGUUAUUGCACACCAUUAUUUAAUAAUGGUCUCCCAAUCAACCCCUUUGACAAGAAAUGGGUUAUUUUUUUCUGAAUAUGCUUCAAAGCCAAUCAAAGUUUCUGAUAAAAAAAGCGAAACCCCAAACAAGCUAUAAAAAGUGAACAUUUACUGAGAUACUUUUCAAAAACUCCAUCCCUUUUUAUUGAUAAGAUAACAUAUUUCAAUGUUUUAGGUUUUGAAAAAUGAGUUGUGGUUUUCACGAAAUGUACAGUGUAAAUAGGACAUACCGUAACCUCGAUUUUAUACUCAACUGCCAACGGGAAAAUGUUUGAAGAUUUAAACAUGUUUCCCCGGUAAAGAGAGGGGUAUGUUGUUCCAUUUUAUAACCGUGUGUGCAUUUUACCCUACUAUAUCAUGAUUAUGAUUAUUUUUGUGAGGAUAUUUGCCAUCUUGUUGUGUGCCUGUUUUCCAAUGGCUCAUUUUGUGUAGACAAAAUGAACUUCAUUGUUAUAGGCGUCAAAUAUUUAAAUUUUAAUGAAUUAUAGAAACACUGUUGUUUAGAAACUCAUAAAUAUAUUUAAAUAUUUUUGGAGAAAUAUUACCAAAGUGGUAUGUAAUAUAAAAGAGAAUGCAUUUGUAAAAGGUCUUAGUUGAUUCAAGCAAGCUAUAUUGGUUGGUUUGAGCCAUGUUAUACUAUAAAUUGAAUUAUUUAUUUGACUGUUUUAUCUCAAGACACAGACUGAGUGAUAGCAGCAAUAGAUUCUGCAUCUUUGCUAAGAGAUUUUGUCAAGUGAUUGCAAUUAAGAAUUAUAUUCAAGUUUAUUAUCUAGAUAAGACGUUUUCAUCUUUUAAAAGCUGUGUGAAAAUAUAUUUUAUGAAAUACAUCAGUUUAUCUUGUUAGAUGGUUUACAGAAUUUUGCAGUAAUGGUUAUAUUGCAAGUUUAAAAUGAUUUGAAAGCUAGGUGAUGUAGAAGCUAAAGGACAAUAGGACAAUCACCUAACUUCAAAUGAAUACUACUUCAUUUUAGGAGACAAAGAGGCUCAUACAGCAGAAAGAGAGAGAGAAAAAAAUUGUGUUUUGUUAUUCCUAUGCCCAGUUGUAACAUACCUAUAAAUAAUAGUCAAGGAAACAGAAUUAUCCAAAAACAGAGGAUGGAAUAAUGAAUAGAUUAAGACUUCCUAUGUUUCUAUCAUUAUACCUCAUUGAUAUGCGUUAGAUGAUUUUGUCAGUGGAUUGGUGUCCCAAAGAUUCUUGUUAUGUUGAAUGGAAUAUUAUAUUCAGAUUGAAUGCAACCUUUCAAUGUAACUGUAUUGUAAUGUUCCAUGAUUUUGAUAUUCCAUUUGUACUUCCUACAUUUUCAGAAAUUAGAUAGAAGAUUGGGAGAAUAAUGCAUUUUAUAACCCUCUGUGACAAAGGCAUCUACUAAAACACAAGUUACAUGUAUUAUGCUUGUUUUUGUCACAAUGAAGAUGAAAUCGGGUGGCACCAUGGUAUUUGGAUAGCAACAUGAAGACAUACACACAAAUUUGCAAAAAUGAAAAAGUAUGGGCAUUAUGUAGUAUAGAGACCUAGCUUUCCUAAUUCAUUUUUUCAACUUCUUUGUCACAUGGAAAAGUGAUAGGACAGGCUAGUGAUAGGACACCCCAGCUAUACAUGUAUGUCGCUUCUUCCAGUAAUAAUAAUAACAUAGGAUUUGUAUAGUGCACGUAUCCACCUUAC